AUGACAGCUCUAAGUAAUAUUCUAGGAAAUAUAUGGAAAAGAGGUGAGGACUUCUGCUGUUUGUGUUUUAGUUCUGAUGUUGAAGGGCUUGUUCACGUUGAAGAUGAGGUUUUCAUCUCGAUCAAAGCCACUCAAAGCUUAGUACCAAUUUUUGAAAUUCUGUGCGGUGUCUUUAGCAAUGAGAUUAUCAACUAUAUAUUUACAUUCAAACAUGUAUGCAAAUUGUGCAUUCAAUCUUCUAUAAAUAGCUACAUCUUUAUUAGAACAAGUAAAUCUAAUUCGGAACUGUUAACUAAUACUGUUAAUAGCCUUAUAAGUAGUUUGGAAAAUACAGGAAGUGAAAUUGAAAAUUGUAAAACAUUAUUUGUAUCAUUGAAUACAGCAGAUUUUACUAGCAAGCAAUUUUAUGAUAUUGGAAAGCAUAUAACUAGUAUAUCUAUGGCUCGUAAAAGAUAUAACAAAUUAAAUUCACUACACGUAAAAUCUGAAAAAUUAGGCUUGAUACAGUUAUUAAAUAGUGAACCAAAGUUACAUGGUAAUUGUAUAAUUCCAAUCAGCACUAAAGAUAUGCUUGCAGACAAUAACUAUUCAAUAAUAAGAUGCAAAGAGUGUCUUAAAGCAUUUAAUUCAACUUUAAACCUUAGGAACCAUUUUGUAAGGGUACAUGCACCAAAAACAUACAAAUGCACCGAGUGCACAAAAACAUUCGGCUCACCGUCAUGUGUUGAAACACAUAUAUCUGAAAAACACUGUAAUAUUAUAUGCAGUGAAUGUGGAAAAUGUUUUACGAAUAAACAAUCAUUUAAAUAUCAUGAGUUGAGUCAUUUUAUGAAGGUUGUGUGUCAAGAUUGUGGUAGAGUGUAUAAAAGUAAAUCCACAUACAAAAAGCACAAAGAAUUGAAUGUUUGCGAGAGAGAAACUAGAGCCUCUCCAGCAAAUGCGAGGUAUACAUGUGACUAUUGUAAUAAAAAGUAUACUCAAAAAGUAUCAUUACGCGUGCACAUACAAUAUGAACAUGGUGAUUAUAAAUAUCAUGUUUGCAACUUGUGUAAUAAGAAAUUCUGGGCUCAGAGUAGGUUAAAAGCUCAUAUGGUGAAACAUACCAAGGAGAAAAACUUUGCAUGCACAUUGUGUGAUGGUAAAUUUGUGACAAAAGAAGCUUUAUUGUAUCAUACUCGUAUCCAUACUGGUGAAAAACCUUAUGAAUGCAUUGGUUGCAAUGCCAGAUUCCUUUCUGCAUCACGGAGAACUGAUCAUUUCAAACGACAUCAUACAAAUGCUACAUUACAAUGUGAGGUGUGUGGCAGUAAAUUCAACUCUCAAAAUUAUCUUCAGAAACAUAAAAAGACUCAUUUUAACACUGUUGUUAUUGGCCAUUCUGAGUCUAACAGUGGUCCAAAUAUAACACCCUAUAAAGAUAAAAUUGAUUUUAGAAAGUUUACACAGGAAUUUAGGAUUUCCAAUGAAAUUGACAGUGAACAUGAAAUCUAUCUUGAAUUUUCCAAUGAUGAAGACGGUUAA